GCGAGUUUGGAUGAUCCAACAUCCUACAGGAGAAGAGAUAUCCCUGAAAAGUGGUCAGAAUUGACCUUUCUUUUCAUUCUUUGACUCCUGGAUGUAUGUAAAAUGUCUGGCUUUCAAGAUCUUUCAGGUUUUCCUGUGGAGGUCCAGCAGCUUUCAGUGAUUAAAGAAGAGGUUUCCACUGAGCAGCAGGAGAGAAGCUCCAGUCUGAACCAGGAGAUUACUGAGACUCUGCUCAUUAAAGAGGAACCAGAGGAAUUGUGGAGAAGUCAGGAGCAACACAGACCAGAUAAUGCCAAGGUCAUCAAUUUUACUUUUGUUCCGGUUCCUGUGAAGAUUGAAGAAGAUGAGGAGAAACCUCAGUUGUCACAUGUUUAUCAAAGACAAACUGGAGAGAUGGAAACAGGAACAGAUGGAAACAACUGUAAACUAGAGACAGAGGCAGCCAGGUUCUUCGAUCCAGAGAAAGAUCUACAACCAGAGACAAAUGUCAAGACUGAAGACUCCUCAGAGGCUGAGACUGAUGACAGUGCUGAUUGGAAGGAGACAACAGAAAACCAGUCAGGUUUUAGCUCAGAGAAAAAUAUCAAAUAUAAGAGAAGAAAGACUGACAAGAACUCUCAUGGCUGCUCUAAGUUUGUUAGGAAAUUAAAACAGAAAAGGCAUCAAAAAGAAUUCACAACAGCUCAUAAGGGGGAGAAACCUUUUGGCUCUUCAGAGUGUGGUCAAAGAUUUAAACUCAAAGGGCAUCUGAAUGAACAGGUGAGAAUUCAUACAGAGGAGACACUCUUCAGCUGCUCUGCGUGUGGUGAAAAGUUUUCCCAACAAGGAGUUUUGGCCAGACACAUGAGAAAACACAUAAGACAGAAAACCUCUAGCCACUCUGAAGGUGGUAAGAGAUUUAACCUUGAACAUACUCAGGCCACUCAUAGGAGACCUGGUGAGAAACCCUUCUGCUGCCCCGAUUGUGGUAAAAGAUUUACCCAAAAAGUUACAAUGACCAGACAUAGGUUAGUUCACACUAGAGAGAAACCCUUCAGCUGCUCUGUGUGUGGUAAAAGUUUUACCCAACAAGGUACUAUGACCAGGCACAUGUUAGUUCACACUAAACAGAAACUCUUCAACUGCUUUGAGUGUGGUCUAAGAUUUACUGUUAAAAGUAAUUUAACGAGACACAUGAGAAGUCAUACAGGAGAAAAGCCCUUUAGCUGCUCAUGUUGUGGUAAAAGGUAUAUUCAAAAAGGUGAUCUGACUAGACAUAUGUUAGUUCACACUAGCCAGACAUCAUUUAGAUGUUCGGAGUGUGGUAAAGAAUAUACCCGAUUAUCUUCUUUAACCAGACAUAUGUUAGUUCACACUAGAGAGAAACCCUCUGACUGCUUAAAUGUGGCCAAAGAUUUAACCAAUAAUUCUUCAGAAGAGCCUACAUCGAAAUGUUAGAACUGUAUGAAAUUGACCUACUUUCCAUAGAAUAAUUGGUGAAAUUUAUUCAUUCAGUCAUAACUGUGAUCCAAAAGAUUAACACUAUGAAAAGUUGUUAAAAUCGUAUUUAAUUCAGAUGUCAUUUUUUGGAGCAAGCUUGCUCCUUAGGGCCUCAGUGACCAACAGCUAAUGCUUAACAAAAAUGUGUUAUCUACCCUUAAUGUCAUCGAUAGUUUGAACUUAAAAGUAGUUGUGGGGGUUUUAGGAUAAAUACUAAACUGAAGUAUGGCAGAUCUGGUCUGGUGAGAGUUAUUAUACAUUUAAUAAUGGUUGAAUGUUGUGUGUGCUAUAAGAUUAUUUUCUUUUCCUGCUUAUAAAGACAUUCAUGUUCAGUCUAAUUUUUCUUUAUGUUACCUAUGUACUUGUUCACCACUCAGCGUCUGGUGACAGCUUGUCGAGCAGGUUGACUCUUUCUGUAUAUAUCCCUGAGAAAUUAAUUAGACACCUGAGCUGAGUCCAUUUUUACCUUGAACUUCUUGUCCUGUACUACUCUCCCACCAUUAAAUGUGAAGUAAAACUGUCCCAUUUAUCAGGACAACAAAAUCACUGGUUCACCCCAAACUCUCCCCUCUCUGAAAUGUACAACCACUCUGUAAACAGGAAAGCCCCCCCCCUGAUUAUGGAUCACCCCUCUCACCCUCUCCACCACUCCUUCUAGGUACUGCCAUCAGGCAGAUGAGACAAAGAGACAAAGUUUCAUCAACUCAGAUGAACCUCUGCAAAAAAUCCUUCAUUUUGUCUAAAAAACAACCUGAACAAUAUAAAAUAGACCCUGUAAAACACUCCUUUUAAUCAGUUGUUGCCUUCAACAUCCUCCCCUUUUAUGUGUUGGGCUUUAGUGCUUUAAAUUUGCUUUAAUUCAAGGUUUAUUUGUUGUUUGAGCCUUGUAAAGGAGAC